GUUCUCGUGGUGGGCUGUGGGAACUCGGAGCUCAGCGAGCAGAUGUACGACGUGGGCAUGUGCCAGGACAUCGUCAACAUCGACCUCAGUGCCGCCGCUGUGCACCAGAUGCGGGAGCGCAGCGCCAGCACCCGGCCCGGCAUGAGCUACCUGCUGAUGGACAUGCUCCACAUGGACUUCCCUGAUGCCCACUUCCAAGUGGUCCUGGACAAAGGCACGCUGGAUGCCCUGCUGAGUGAUGAGGAGGAGGCCACUUUAGCCAAGGCGGAGCAGAUGUUUGCUGAGAUCAGCCGGGUGCUGCAGGUGGGAGGGCGUUACCUCUGCGUCUCCUUGGCUCAAGCCCACGUGCUGAAGAAAGCUGUGGAAUAUUUCUCCCAGGAAGGGUGGGUGGUGCGUGUCCACCAGGUGGGCAGCAGUGGGGACAAGCAGCAGUUUGUGCUGCCUGUCUUUGUGUAUGUGAUGACAAAGUUCAGGAAGGUGCCUGGCUCGGCAGCAGGGAUCCUGGAGAUCUGCCCCGAGGAGCAGGACAGGCCGCUGCGGGUGGAGAGCGCGGAGCGGCUGCUGGCAGCGGUGAAGGACAGGCAGCACUAUGCCCUGCUCUGCAGCCAGAUCAGCAAAACCCCCUGCAGGGAGCAGGUUUCCUUGGAUCUGUGUGACAGAGAGAGUGGGAAGCCUCGCUACACGCUGCAUGUGGUGGACAGCCCCUCGGUGAAACCUUCCCGGGACAAUCACUUUGCCAUCUUCAUCAUCCCGCAGGGCAGGGAGACCGAGUGGCUCUUUGGGACGGAGGAGGGGCGGCGGCAGCUGGCGGCCAGCGCGGGCUUCGGGCGCCUGCUGACAGUGGCGCUGCACAGGGAGCAGCUCUACGAGGGCAUGGCCGCCAUCCAGGCUGAGCUCUCGGGGAAGGUGAUGGAGCUGGCCCCGCCGGGCCUCCCUGCCCGGCAGCAGGUGCCCUUCCUGUCCGUGGGAGGGGACAUCGGGGUGCGGGCGGUGCGGCACCGUGGCAGCAGCGCCCUGAGCGGGGACUUCGUGGUGGAGGACGUGAAGGGAGAUGGCAGCUGCUUCUUCCGCCGCCUCAUCUUCCUCCAGAACAGGAACGUGGUGCAGUCUGAGGCUCGGCUCUUGGCCCCCACACCUCUCCCAGGCCAGAAGAAGAGGAGGAAGGACAAGAAGAAACCCAGCCCCUCUGAGCCCCCUGGAGCCAUUGACAAGAGCUACCUGUGCUGUGAGCACCACAAGGCCAUGGUUGCGGGGCUCUGCCUGCUGGGGGGCCCCGACGCCCUCCCAGGAGAGCUGGCAGUGCUGGUGGUGGGGCUCGGUGGGGGCAGCCUGCCCCUCUUUGUCCAUGAUUACUUCUCUCAGGCCCGCGUGGCCGUGGUGGAGAUCGACCCCUCCAUGCUGGAAGUGGCCACGCGCUGGUUUGGGUUCUGCCAGGGCGAGCGCAUGCAAGUGCACGUCUGCGAUGGCCUGGACUACGUGGCCAAGCUGGCAGCUGAAGCACCAGCCCAGUAUGAUGCCAUCAUGUUUGAUGUGGACAGCAAAGACCUCACGGUGGGGAUGAGCUGCCCACCCCCAGCCUUUGUGGAGGAGCCCUUUCUGCAGAAAGUUAAAACCAUCCUCAAGCCAGAAGGAGUCUUCGUGCUCAACCUGGUGUGCCGAGAUUCCCGGCUGAAGGAGUCGGUGCUGGGUGCCCUCAGGGCCGUGUUCCCGUUGCUCUACGCUCGCCGCAUCCAGGGCGAGGUGAACGAGAUCCUGCUGUGCCAGGCAGGCCCCGUGGAACGGCGCAGCCCCACAGAGCUGGGGGCACGGGCACGGGCACUGGAGGGAGCCCUGCGCCAGCCCGGCCGGCCCUGGGACAGCUCCUAUGUGCUGGCAGACAUGCUGCAGGCCGUGCUCGUCCUCUGAGGGGGCUCUGCAGGCCAUGCUCGUCCUCUGAGGGGGUUCUGCUGCAGGCCAUGCUCAUCCUCUGAGGGGGCUCUGCAGGCCGUGCUCGUCCUCUGAGGGGGCUCUGCAGGCCAUGCUCAUCCUCUGAGGGGGCUCUGCAGGCCAUGCUCGUCCUCUGAGGGGGCUCUGCUGCAGGCCAUGCUCGUCCUCUGAAGGGGCUCUGCUGCUGCAGGCCGUGCUCAUCAUCUGAGGGGGCUCUGCAGGCUGUGUCGUCCUCUGAGGGGACUCUGCUGCUGCAGGCCGUGCUCAUCCUCUGAGGGAACUCUGCUGCAGGCCGUGUUCAUUCUCUGAGGGGGCUCUGCAGGCCGUGCUCAUCUCUGAGGGGGCUCUGCAGGCCGUGCUCAUCCUCUGAGGGAGCUCUGCAGGCCAUGCUCAUCCUCUGAGGGGGCUCUGCAGGCCGUGCUCAUCCUCUGAGGGGGCUCUGCAGGCUGUGUUGUCCUCUGAGGGGGCUCUGCAGGCUGUGGGUUUCAGUCUGUCCUUGUUGUUUUCGCUCCUUGCUCUUCAGCACAGCUCCUGUUGUUCUGAGGGUGCCUCUCCCUGCAUCUCCAGCGUUCCUGGUGUCUCUGCAGAGCCCCAGGCCUGCUCCAAGGCUGCUUGUGGGUGUGUGUGAGUGGGCUGCAAGCUGUGAGAAUAAAGUGCUGAGGGGUGCUCUGA